UUCCAAACAGACAGCAAAGAAGUAACAAAUCGGUAUAUAGAAAAACGCCACUCCGUUGGAAUACAAAAUACACUACGUACAAGCAACAAUAAGAGGAAUAUACAUUUUUUUUUUAAUAUUCUUAUAUAUAAACAAAUUCUGUGACUGUGAAACCGUGUACAAAAGUAAUUAAUAAUCGAAGCCAAAAAAGAAAGACAAAGCAUCAAAGUGACAAAAUACUUAUAUUUAAAUAAGUUAAUUUUGUAUGAAGUGCUCAAAAUUAGUUUAAGUUAGAAAAAUUUUUUUUGUUUGGUGUCACAGACAGCAUCAAAGCUAGUUAAUAAUACUUAAUAAAACACUAGAAGAAAACUGCCACAAUGAAGUUGUGCAUAUUACUGGCUGUUGUGGCCUUUGUAGGCCUGUCGCUCGGCGAGGAAAAGAAAGAGAAGGACAAGGAGCUAGGCACCGUUAUUGGCAUUGACCUGGGAACCACAUACUCAUGCGUUGGCGUUUACAAAAAUGGACGCGUUGAGAUUAUUGCCAACGAUCAGGGUAAUCGCAUCACGCCUUCCUACGUCGCCUUCACAGCUGAUGGCGAGCGUCUGAUCGGUGAUGCCGCUAAGAAUCAGUUGACCACAAAUCCAGAGAACACCGUCUUCGACGCGAAGCGUUUGAUCGGCCGUGAAUGGUCGGACACAAAUGUGCAGCACGAUAUCAAAUUCUUCCCAUUCAAGGUGGUAGAGAAGAACUCCAAGCCACACAUUAGCGUUGACACAUCCCAGGGCGCCAAGAUCUUUGCCCCCGAGGAGAUCUCUGCCAUGGUUCUCGGCAAAAUGAAGGAGACGGCCGAAGCCUACCUGGGCAAAAAGGUCACCCACGCCGUCGUCACUGUGCCCGCCUACUUCAACGAUGCCCAGCGACAGGCGACAAAGGAUGCUGGCGUCAUUGCCGGCCUGCAGGUGAUGCGCAUCAUCAACGAACCGACCGCAGCUGCCAUUGCCUACGGCCUGGACAAGAAGGAGGGCGAGAAGAACGUGCUGGUCUUCGAUUUGGGCGGCGGUACCUUCGAUGUCUCCCUGCUGACCAUCGACAACGGCGUCUUCGAGGUGGUGGCCACCAACGGCGACACUCACUUGGGCGGUGAGGACUUCGAUCAGCGUGUCAUGGACCACUUCAUCAAGUUGUACAAGAAGAAGAAGGGCAAGGACAUCCGCAAGGACAAUCGUGCCGUCCAGAAGCUGCGUCGUGAGGUCGAGAAGGCUAAGCGUGCCCUCUCCGGCUCCCACCAAGUCCGCAUUGAAAUUGAGUCCUUCUUCGAGGGUGAUGACUUCUCCGAGACGCUGACCCGUGCCAAGUUCGAGGAGCUGAAUCUGGAUCUGUUCCGUUCGACUCUGAAGCCCGUCCAGAAGGUGUUGGAGGAUGCGGACAUGAACAAAAAGGACGUGCACGAGAUUGUGCUUGUUGGCGGCUCUACUCGUAUUCCCAAGGUCCAGCAGCUCGUUAAGGACUUCUUUGGCGGCAAGGAACCAUCCCGUGGCAUCAACCCCGAUGAAGCCGUUGCCUACGGUGCCGCCGUUCAGGCUGGCGUUCUCUCCGGCGAACAGGACACCGAUGCCAUCGUCUUGCUCGAUGUCAAUCCAUUGACCAUGGGUAUUGAGACCGUUGGCGGCGUGAUGACCAAGCUGAUCCCGCGCAACACAGUCAUCCCCACCAAGAAGUCGCAAGUGUUCUCCACGGCCUCCGACAACCAGCACACCGUCACCAUCCAGGUGUAUGAGGGCGAGCGUCCCAUGACCAAGGACAACCAUUUGCUGGGCAAAUUCGAUCUGACUGGCAUUCCCCCAGCGCCACGUGGCAUUCCCCAGAUCGAGGUUUCCUUUGAGAUCGACGCCAACGGUAUUCUGCAGGUGAGCGCUGAGGACAAGGGCACCGGCAACAAGGAGAAGAUCGUGAUCACCAACGACCAGAACCGCCUUACGCCCGAGGACAUCGAUCGCAUGAUCCACGAUGCCGAGAAGUUCGCCGAUGAGGACAAGAAGCUGAAGGAGCGCGUCGAGUCGCGCAACGAGCUGGAAUCGUAUGCGUACAGCCUGAAGAACCAAAUCGGCGACAAGGAGAAAUUGGGCGCCAAGCUCAGCGAGGACGAGAAGACCAAGCUGGAGUCGGCCAUCGAUGAGUCGAUCAAGUGGCUCGAACAGAACCCAGACGCCGAUCCCGAGGAGUACAAGAAGCAGAAGAAGGAUCUGGAGGCUAUCGUGCAACCGGUGAUUGCCAAGCUCUACCAGGGCACAGGCGGUGCUCCCCCACCAGAGGGCGACUCUGGCGACGAUCUCAAGGAUGAGCUGUAAGGCGUCCUCGAGUCGAGCAACUUGUCCGGAAUGGAUUAUAUAUAAAUAGUUUUCGCAGUAGAAGUAAAUCAGACUGAUUAAACAAUUAAAAUGAGAACUUAAUCGCAAGCAACAACACAACAACCGCAACAACAACAACAACAAUAGGAAUGCAAACCCCAAAGCAAAAAAUGGAAUGGAGAUACGGAAAUUAUGAAGAAUAAGAAUUCUGAAACUAGUUUUUGCUCGCAAUUUCUUAAACCUCACGCUAAAUUCCUAGUAGCCCAAAAUUUGUUUAGCAAUUUUUUUUUUUUUUUUUUUUUUUUUUAAUUUUUAGUGUGAUCUUAAAGUAUUUCUUUCGACCCUGGCAAAGCACUAUAGCAGGAGAGCGAAUGAGAGAUAUAGAAAAAGGGAGAAGAAACGAAAAAGAGAGUUCAUUUAGAAAAAGAAGACAGUGUGUUGUGUGUUCCUCCUUCAAAGCCCAUAAAUAAGGCCAAUGGCCGAUAGUAAACAGUGAAAAGAAAAAUGAUAUAAGCAAAAAAUGAAACACACACACAAUAUAUAUAACUGUAUAUUUUUUGAUAAUGAGGAAUCACAAAUCAUAUAGGUUAGCCUACGAGUUAUAAUCUUAUUAAGAACUAAAAAGAAAAAAAGAAAAAAGGAAUGAAAAAACAAUAAAAAAUUAAUACAAGUAUGAGAGAAAAUGUUAUAUGUAUAAGAGUGCGUAACUAGAGCUAGAGACAGACAGUGAGAUGAUGAGCGGGACAAAAAUCAAGAGUGCUGCGGGGCAAUUAGAAAACGAAUAUAAAGAGGAUAAAAAUGUUUAAUUGAAAUUCAGGCAGAGCAAAAAUAAAUGCAAGAAAACAUAAAACAAAAUUAAUAAUAAUAAUGGAUUCUUCGAUUUUAAGAAGAACCUUAUAAUUUAUUUAAAAAUAAAAAUAAAUACAAAAACUA